CCCCCAUCUAAACCCUAACGCUAUAAAUAGAAAGUGAGCCCAUUCAAGAGUUUCAAAACCCACCUGAGAAGAAAGAAAAGAGAUCUAAUGGGAAAGCCAGAUGAAGUGAAGUUGCUUGGGAUAUGGGCAAGCCCUUUCACCCGUCGGGUCGAGAUGGCUCUCAAACUCAAAGGCAUACCGUACGGUUACUUGGAGGAAGAUCUGGAGAACAAAAGCUCUUUGCUUCUUGCUCUCAACCCUAUUCACAAAAAGAUUCCCGUUCUUGUUCACAACGGUAAAACCAUUAUCGAGUCGCAUGUGAUUCUUGAAUACAUUGAUGAGACUUGGAAACACAAUCCCAUUCUUCCCCAGGAUCCCUUCCACAGAUCCAUGGCUCGAGUCUUUGCUAGACUCGUCGAUGAACAAAUUAUUAAUGUGGGGUUUAUCUCACUGGCGAAAACAGAGAAGGGAAGAGAGAGUCUAGUCGAGAAGACAAGAGAACUGAUUAAAUAUCUCGAGAAGGAACUCGCCGGAAAUGAUUACUUUGGCGGCAAGACUGUCGGAUUCUUGGAUUUGGUCGCGGGAAGUGUGAUCCCGUUUUGUCUGGAGAGAGCUUGGGAAGGCAUGGGAGUGGAAGUUAUCACAGAGGAGAUGUUUCCAGAGUACAACAAAUGGGUAAAGAAGCUGAAUGAGGUUGAGAUCGUGGUGGCUUGUAUUCCUCCAAGAGAGAAACAUAUUCUACACAUGAACAAGAUGGGAGAGAAAAUCAGAUCAGCUUAAUUAAGAAGACAAAGCAUCUUUACUAUGUUGAUCCGAUGUUUUAAUUUCCUAUUUGUAUGUUUACAAUGUUUGUUUCACACUAUGAGUUUGAACUUUUCUUUUUGUAUCACAUUGUCGGAAAACAAUGUCUUUUCACAACUCUAUCUCUAUAACGAUGUGGCUGUUUUAAUAUGAAUACUCUGUUUCUUUUUUGUAAUAUACUAGCUAUUUACGCGCGC